UGCUGACCAGAUCUCACCUUCUCAUCCGUGGCUCCGCAUAUAGGGCUGCCUUGGGGGCAGAAUGUCUGAAGCUCACACAAAGGCAGGCUGAGAGGUCGAAGUAAGGCUGGCCCGCCAUGUUCAUCACCUACAACGACCUGGAUGACAUGCGCGAUGCCCGCAAGCGCUCGCAGAUCAACGCCUACGUCAACCGAGGUCGGAGGGUCAACAAGGUCAAAUCCUCGACGCAACGACCGUCACGCCCGCCUCUACAGUGGCAGGCGCGCCAUCCCAUUCGAACGUCGACUCCCGCCAAGGUCGAGCCAGAGUUGCUGGCACAGGCGAAGCAUGUCGCCGACAUUCGCGACCCUCACGUUACCGAGGAGAUCAUUUACGCGUUACUGAAAAGACGGCGUCUGCCGAAGCUGUCGCUCCAGUAUGGCCUCGGUGGCCAUCGCAGAGAUCCAUUCGCAUCGUUCCCCAUUCCUCAAUCCGGACAGGUUGAGUGGGCGGCCGAUUUCUUCCUCCAGGAUUACGCUACCAUGAAUGCAUCGCUAUACUCGGACGAGUCGGGAAGAAACUGGCUCACUGGCACGCUUUUCCCCCUGGCCCUACAAUCAGACAUGCUCUUCGAGGCCCUCAUCCUUUCCAUGGCAAGAUAUUCUCACCCUGCGGGUGCCAACGCGCUCGUGCCAGGCGGUGUACACUUUGCACAUCUCCGUUCCAGCGUCCUUGGGAAACUCCAUCGGACGCUUUCCCAGGACAAGGAGAUAUCGACCUCGGACACAACCAUCCACACCGUGAUAUGUUUGAUAGCUGCAGACUUCUUCGCCGGUCACGAUGACCAUGCAGCAACUCACCUCAAAGGCCUUCAGACGCUCGUUUCGCUCCGUGGCGGACUCGAGCACGGCAAAUUUGAUCGCCAGACGAAAUACAACCUGGCGGGUACACAUGCGUUAUGUUCGUUUGCAGAGCAACGCCUGCAAGAGUCCUCGCCACUGGCAGUCCAGCCAGAAUCCGAACUCACCUACCCAAAGCAUCCAUUCUCGCCACAGCUGUGCACGGAGAUUGCGACCCUGCCACGUGGCAUCAGCGACAUUGCACUCGACGGCAGAAUCUCCACGCAGAUCAUCGAACUGCUCUGUCGCCUCGCCCACAUGGCCCAAGAGACGCCCCUGACCAAGCGCGCCACGACCGAGGAAAUCUACAACGUGUCCGUCGACCUUCUGACCUUCAUCACGCGAACGAACCUCUCCCCUCUCGAACGGAGUGUCUGUAUCUUUUGCUGGCUCUUCGUGCUGAGGGAGCAGCCGGACCGGAACGAGAGCCAGAAGUUUUACGGACAGUUUCUGGACAACAUGCGGCGCCGGAUCAAGGAGACGGCGACGUCCUUCAUGUCGCUGGAAGGCGCGAAGCCCGACUAUGUUACUUGGGGGGUGGCCAUCCUUGUGGUCGAGAAGAGCUCGGAGCGGAUCGGCCUGACCGAAGAUGAACGCGCCGAAGUCUUUGAAGAGCUAAUUCGGCGACACCCCGCAGCGAGGAGGUGGAAGGAGACGGUCAAAAGCCUCAAGCGAUUCUUCUUUCUCGACGCGUGGGUGGAGGAAUACCGCGUCUGGUGGAACAAGGAGAUUGGGAGAUGCAAAAGGCGAUCUCAAGAGCAUGAACGGAGUUGACGCGUUGGCUACGUUGGACUACCGUGCUCACAGAGUUGAGAGCCCGUCCCGUCAGAAACCUGCCCUUUUCCAUCCCCUGAAUCUCAAGCGACUCGACCGGUGUACAAGCUGCAGUAUAAUGCUUGCACCGUCAAUCUCCCCAUCCACUCUGUGGCCAUCAUGGCUCCAUCACGACAAUACCGCCGCUUCUCCCCUGCUUCUCAGCCACGUCGAAGGCCUGCUCCCACUCCUCCAACUUGAACGUGGCCACGACUCGCGCCCCCAGCGGAUUGACGGCGUCGGCCUCUCGGUGCAGCUUGACCACGCUCGUCUCGACGAGGGCGAUCAGCCGCUUCACGUCCACGGGCUCGUACAU